AUGGAGGACGUCCAGGCAACCGCACGAUGGGCCAAUCGUAUGCUGCGCCCUCUAACCUCUAUCUACCGCCGCCUUGAGAAACACCAAGAGACACUAUCAAUUAUCGCUACCGAAUCGAGAUCCCAGAAUUACCCAGAAGACAGCUUUGUGACUGCGCCGGCCACAACAACACAGGUUCGAAAAAGCAGGAUCAAUGGGUCGGAUGCGGACGAGGACGAGAACGAUCCCGUUUGGGUACCCGGCAAGAAGGUCGAGCAGCGCCGGAUCAGACACAAAUACUCGUCUCGUGGGGAGGAGAACGGUGGGCGCAGACGCAACCGGUUGUCUAUCCACAGCCCAGAGGCACCUCGGACGCUGCCUGGCGCGAUCGAGCUCGCGACGCCUUUGAUUAACGGGAAACGAUGGGAGGCCCCUUCGAGCGUGCAAUCACAGCCCUCAUCCAUUAAGCCCAGUCGUGUCUACGGAAAGGGACACCUGCAGGCAUUUCGCGAUAAAUAUCCGCUGCACAAGAGUCCGUGGCAGGAGCUGCUCCACCAAUCCGGCGACUCUGGCUUUGCCGAUAUUGCGCAUAAUCUUCAUCGUGUUCUCCAGAACUUUCUGUGCAAUACUCGGAUCACCAAAAAUGAUACCAACGAUCCACCUCCAAAGCCUCUUCGUGGCGCGCGUUCUCUGAUGUCGAUGGUCGUGCGGCGUUUGCCCGAGUUCAUUGCAAACGAGCAGAAGGAGCAAGGCGAGUUGGACGAGGAUGGAGAUGAAGACAUGUGCGGUGCAUAUUUUACAGAAUUGGAAUCUUUCUACGCACCUCACGGCAGGGGAUGGAAGCCUCUUCGCGAAGCCGUGCGCUCUCAGGGCAUCCAUUUGGUGGCUAUGAUGAUACAAAACAAGUGGGUGACUGAAGCGGUCGCCUGCGCGCUUAUUGAAAAGUGUCGAUAUCAUGAACCAGAUGCUUGCGAGUCUUUAUUGUCGACAUUUCUUUCCACGUGCAAGACAUACCCUUACCCGCUCUCCUUACGCCCGUCUGGUGAUUCACAAUUGAAGGGUGACGCUGUCCAAUUACUGCGGCUUUAUGCUUGCUACGGCCCGGCACAUCGGUCUUAUAUUUUUGAUGAGCUGGCCAAGCUUCUUUUACGCGGUGUUCUUCCGCCAGAAUGGAUGGCAACGAAGUUGUGGACUAGCUGGAUGACACGUGCAACGAUAUCAUUAUCAAAGGAAGACGCCGAUUGUGCCGCGGCCUCGCGGCUGAUCGAAGCCGUGAUCCUUUCAGCCAGCGGCGUUCGUCCAGACACCCAGUCCGCGGCACCUGUGCGAAGAUACUCUCGCAAACGGCCAGCAUUCCGCGGUGGAAGGACGCGCGCUUCGUCCGCGGCAGCUACGAACAAGCCGGCCGCUGACCGGCCGUGCCCCGUGCCGGUGGAGGACGCUCUGAGUAACCACGUCAUGAGCCUCAUGGCAGCGCUGUGCGGGAUGCAUGUCUCGAGGUCUCGCGAAUUGGAUGCGGCUGACUCUGCGGGUGGGACGAAAGCGGGGGUUAUCCUCAAAUACGUCUCUUUUUCAGUGGAGCGGGAGAUGGACUUAAAGCCUUUCUCUGGUAGUCCCAGCAUCACCUCUCAUCACUUAUUACGGCGUGGGUGCAUUUUACUGGCGAAUUGUCUGCUACGAUGUAACACUGCAGUAUUAUCCGACGACCUCCCAGACGAAGUGACACUCACAACAAAUGUCGACGACUAUUCGCACGAAUUGGCUUCCCGCUCAAACCUGGUAAAGGAAUUGGCAUCAUUUGUGCGGCAAGCUUUUCGUUGUUUUGGAGGCAGUUCGGAAAGUGAGCGCGUCCGAACCGGUCAAGAAAUUCGCCGCAUGAUAGCUCUCUUCCCUCGGCUCACCAAAGCGCCGGGUUUAUCUGCGCUUCUUGGUCGAAUCGCCGCAGAAGCUGCCAUGGAGUUUGCAGAGAGUACUGGUGAGCCGGAAGAUCACCUGUGGGCCGUUGAGAUUCAAGAGAUGGUAGCCUCUGUCCGGGCUCGAGCGGAGGAUGAAGAAAACGAUGGCGUUGUUGACGCUGGACAGAGGACCGGCCUCUACCGCUGGGAAGAGAGCAUUGGAGAGUGGGUUGCUAGGACGCCGAUGGCAAAGCGCAAGCCGAUAUUUGCAAGGCAUAGCAGCAAGUGCGCCUUCAUGUCUUCAACUCCACCGCCAUGUAUACCGUGUUCCACAGAUAGCAGCUCUCCCUUCUCAGAUCGGUCCGAGAGGCCCGGCUCCAGCUUGACCUCAUCCCCUUCAUCGGUGUGCACGAAGCGAUCGCUCGAACACUCCGACUCCUCGCCUACACGACCCCGCAAGCGACAGCGGUCUGCUUCCGUGGUUGUGAUCAACAAUGUGGAGCGCCCUCGAACGAGGUCUUCGACUAUCAAUUACAGAACCCGAUCCGCGUCCGUGACGUCGGCCUCCUCUCGUCGUUACCAUCUGCGGGAAAUGUCGAGGACCAAUAUAGUCCAGCAGCGGGGCCCCAUGGGGCCCCGGCCCGCACCCAAGAUCGAAGUCGUGAUUAUCAAUAAAAAAGGGACCAGAGCGGCCGAGGAUGAGCUUGCGGAGCCUGUCCGGGAGCCUGUUGUCAAGCAGGUCCAUCACCCUGCAGAUCGUCGACCACGCGGACGGCCUCCAGGGCGACCACCUUCUGCGCCGUCAAUACCACGACGAGCGCCGAUGGUGAUUCCCUGCUCCCAGGACGAGGACAGCGAUGAUGAGCUGAGCUUCAUGUGA